UUUCUCUAGGGUAGUCAAGUGUCUAGUCGCCGAACAUAAAAUUAUUCGGCUUCCGUCGGCGCAUCUGGGGAUCUGACGAACGUCACUCCCCUUAACAAGGCGUUGAAUCCCUAAGGAUGGACAUACAGAGAGGUCCCGAUGGGGAAUUCAUCCCUAUGGAUUUGUUAUCCCGAGGUUUGCCGGGAAAGCUGGCGGAGGUAUCGGACUGCGCGAUCGAAGCAAGUGAAUUCUCAGACUUCCGCAAAGGGCUCCCGGAAUGCCUAGCUCAAGCGAAGCACUUCCUCAGAUCAGGAACGGUCUUGGCCGUCAGUGAUUGGCCUAUAUUAGCCCUUCUGAUGGCUCAUCAAGAUCCCCUAGCCCCCUACUCCUCCGAGUUCUGCAGUAAUCUCGCGCAACAGAUUCUUAAUGGAGUGAGCUUCCCGGAAGAUGUCGUGAAUCGUGUUUUCUCCAUGAUAAAGCCGCGGCUCUCGAAGGAAUCUUGGCCUUACUACUUGGGCGAGAGAUAUAUCCUGAUGUCCAUAUGCAAGAUAUCCCCGAAUCCGACUCAGCAGCUGGAACUUAUUUCCAACAUCGGCGGUUCACAUCUUCCGGAGAAUCGGAGGAUUGCAGCAGUGAGCCUCAAACACCUCGUCAGUGCUUUUCCCGAUCAUGAUGGUGGAGAUGGAUUGGACGCCGACGCCGUCCUCGACGCUAUGAUACGACUCUCUCGCGGGCGUGAUCUGGAAGUUUUGGGUCCCGUUUACGAGGGGAUCCACGCUCUCCUCUUCUCUGCCAAGCGCUGCCAUCAUCGUAGGAGCGAGACUUACCGACUGAUACUCCGUAGCUGUGCGCUGGCUAUAACUGUGGAAGAGAAGUUACUUUACGCAGAGGUUCUGAGGAAAAUUGUCGAGUCCUCGAAAAAAGCAACCCUUGAGCACACGAACAUGACCCUGGAUGUUCUCGAGUUUUGGAGUUCCGGACCGGCUACAAGAAACUCUGCGCUGUCUGUUCUUCGGUCCAUGCUCAUUCGAGGAGGUGUGGCGGGCAGUUGGGGUCGCGUUGCGAAAAUUCUCCUGAAUUGUACAAUGUCCAGCUCUUGUGAGGACAAGCGCCUGAUAGAAGAUUGCAGAGACUUCCUGCAGAGAAUCCGGACGUCCGAAGAGUCCGACAGCGAAAGGAAAGUUUUCGAAAGGUUGCUCGUCCCGCGCGCCGACGACGGACGGGACUCUUCUCGCCGCACGACUUCUCUAUUCUGAUGCUCAUAUAGAUAUGUACAUAUAAUGCAAAUACUUUAUGAUAUGUACAUAUAUGUAAAUCUUGUCCUCGAGAAAUGGUCAAAUGCACUUCCUUCUGGUUCUCAGAAAUCAGAUCUA